AUGCCCCACAAUGAGACGACUCCUGCUGCGCUCCCCUUCUACAAGACGUUCGCUGCCAGUGCAGCAGCCGCAUGCACCGGGGAGGUUGCCACAAUCCCCAUGGACACCGUGAAGGUCCGGCUGCAGGUACAGGGUGCCUCGGGCGCGCCCGCCAAGUACAAGGGCACGCUGGGCACGCUGGCAAAGGUUGCGCGGGAGGAGGGCGUUGCCUCGCUCUACAAGGGGCUGGUCCCCGGCCUGCACCGCCAGAUCUUGCUGGGUGGCGUGCGCAUCGCAACCUAUGACCCCAUCCGCGACUUUUACGGGCGGCUGAUGAAGGAGGAGGCGGGGCACACAUCCAUCCCCACAAAGAUUGCGGCAGCACUGACGGCCGGCACCUUUGGCGUGCUGGUGGGCAACCCCACCGACGUGCUGAAGGUGCGCAUGCAGGCGCAGGGCAAACUGCCCGCUGGGACGCCGUCCAGGUACCCGUCAGCGAUGGCCGCCUACGGCAUGAUUGUGCGGCAGGAGGGCGUCAAGGCCCUGUGGACCGGCACCACCCCCAACAUUGCCCGCAACUCGGUUGUGAACGCGGCAGAGCUGGCGACGUACGACCAGAUCAAGCAGCUGCUGAUGGCCAGCUUUGGGUUCCACGACAACGUCUACUGCCACCUGUCCGCCUCCCUCUGCGCCGGCUUCCUGGCCGUGGCUGCCGGCUCCCCCUUUGACGUGAUAAAGUCGCGCGCCAUGGCGCUGUCUGCCACCGGCGGCUACCAAGGGGUGGGGCACGUAGUGAUGCAGACGAUGCGCAAUGAGGGCCUGCUCGCCUUCUGGUCAGGCUUCAGCGCCAACUUCUUGCGCCUCGGCAGCUGGAACAUUGCCAUGUUCCUUACGCUCGAGAAGCUUCGCCACCUCAUGGGCGCGCCGUCAGCCAAGCACUGA